CAGAACCAAAAACGCACUGAUUUCUCUACGAUAAGCGAGUAUACGUUUCACGGGACAAAUCUGUAAAAAUUCUUGGAUCGAUUUAUUAGUAUACACUUAUAGUUCUAUCACGUACAAAAUGAAGAAACCGUUGACGGAUUCGGUUUAUGGCAGUAUUCUCUCGAUCCUCGUUUGCCCCGAGCCGAACGGGUUCGACGAUGGAGGUUUAUACGUAUUUAUUUAAUUUUUAUCGAUUAAAUAGCAAUUCUUGUCGUCGCACUGUGUGAAAUGGAACAUAUCCAAUUGUAUUAUCGAACAUAUCCACGAUGUAAUCUUUGUGAUGAAGUAAAGUACUUAUAAUUUCAAUAAACCACGGUUCGUUUCAAUUUGGAGGUUAUCCACGACUAUUUUAGCAUUAACUUACACGACGAACGAUUUUAUUAAUAUCGCGCGUUAUACGUGCAGCCCAAAAUGCUCGUAUUAAAAAGAUUGCUCUGCUGCGAGAGAAGAAGUAUCAUGGAAAGAUAUAAGCGUCGUGGUUGACAGAUCCUCGCCAGAUGUCACUAUCGGCCAGCCGCUAUAUUGAUCAAGUUAGAUUUUCUAAGGACGCAUGUUGAUAAGAUCUCGUAUUUGUCGAUUGCAUGAGAAAUUCGUCGCGAUACGUCAAAACAUACGUCGGCACGAGUUUUUGAGAAGGUUUGACGUGAGUCGCGUCGGUCUCGUCAUUUUUCGUCUAUGACGUCAUUUGUGAAUUACACAAGCGUCACUGGUGAGUCUGUUGUGUGGAAAAUUUCGUCGGAUCCAUGGCAGCGGCGAGUGAACUCUGUUUUUCCUAAUUGAAAACAGACCGGACCGACGAAUCUGGGAACAGCCUGGCGAUAACUCAGUCGGUGCUACUUGACAGUGAUUUUAAUCAUCGGGGGACCUCCGCACGAACCAAAUAUAGUUAUCGUUCCUGGUUGUUCGCCAGUUUACUGAAAUGUCGAUGCAGCAGUUCUGUUUGCGGUGGAACAAUCAUCAGCCGAAUUUCAUUUCGGUGUUCUCGAAUUUGUUGAACAAUGAGACUCUGGUGGACGUGACACUGGCUGCCGAAGGCAGACAACUUCAAGCACACAAAGUUGUGUUGUCUGCGUGCAGUACAUACUUUCAGUCGUUGUUCACUGUUAAUCCGUGUCAGCAUCCGAUUGUUAUAUUAAAGGAUGUAAAAUUUUCUGAUUUAAAGAUCAUGGUCGAUUUUAUGUAUUAUGGUGAAGUAAACAUAUCACAGGAUCAGUUGCCGUCAAUCAUAAAGACGGCAGAAAGUUUGAAAAUAAAGGGGCUAGCGGAAAUGCACACAGCAUCCUUAACAAAGUGGCCAAGUGGUAGUAGUGAAACAGGAGGAGGGGAUCGUGGAGAAUCCUGUUCCCCUAGUCCAUCUCCACUAUCACCAUCAUUUCGUAGAAAAAGAUUAAGAAAAUCAUCCACAGGGUCAACAUCUGGGUCUGGCGAUAAACCAGAAGAGAUUAAUGAAAUCACUUUAGUUGCUACCAAUAUUGUAAAACCAGAGCCUUUGAUUGUCUCACAAGAAACUGGUGAAAAUCUAAGGAGACCUGUAAAUACUAAUACAGAAUCGCAAGGCAGUAUUGAUGAAGAUCAAAUAUCAAUUAUGAGCAAUAUGGAGAACAGUUCUGCUGCAACACCGGCACAAAGCGAUGGUUCAAUACAGGAUGUAAGUCAACAAUCAGGAGGAAAUGUUCCACAGAGUUCAGUUUCAUCACAACCACCUGCGCAUCAAGGAUUGCAAUGGACUAUUAUGGAGCACACAUAUCCACGUUUCGCUCUGUCCUCGUGUCAAACGAAUCUGUCGAUCCAAGCGUCAUCAGCUUUUACCACGCCUGAAAUAACAGCUUCCUCGACCAUCAGCGAUCAGUACUCCGGUACCAGCACGACUGGUUCUAGUUGCGCCCUGACGAAUUACCCGAACUCGUCGCACGGGACGUUGCAGCACGCGUCGUCGAGCGGCCCGUCACCGUCUGUUCAGUGUCCCAGUAAUUGCCAGAGCCCGUGCGCCAGUCCGCAGACCGCUAUUAAAAGGAAACGAUCGACAAACCCGCAAGCGGACGAGAAUUUUAUCAGAGCGUUAGACGCUGUCCGGUACGGCGGCAUAGGAUUCUGCAAGGCGGCCAGGAUGUUCGGCGUGAACAACCGAACGCUAUGGCUCGAGUACAAAAAGCGCGGUUACCCGAACAACCGGCCGAGCCUGAAGUCAAGGGUCAAACAAGAAGUGAACUCCUCGCCACCGCCAGCUCAGUCCGCUCAGCCGGUUAACUCGCAGAGUCCUACGCCGAUGGGACCGCCCACCACACCGCACAGCACACACAAUACUCACAGCACGCAUACAAUGCUGACCACUCACAGUCCUCACACGAUGUUGAGCGGCUACAUCGACAGUAGGCACACGGACUACGCGUUGCCCAUAGUGUGCAAGCCAGCGGGUCCAAAGAGGUGCCGGCUGCUGAUGCGCCAGCCGCGCGUGAAGAAGGAGCCGAACCACCUGUCGCCGGACAGCGAGACAUCCUCGCCGCACAUCGUCUCCUCGUCCAUCCACGUGACUGCGCCGACACUGAACCUGCCGCAGACGUCCAGAAGCUGGGAGGAACCGCGGGUCUCCCCGCCGCCGCAGUCCAUCCUAGUGAAUCAGUCCAGUCUGCUGGCGGUGACCACCUCGACGAACCUGUUGACCGUGCCACAACCGUCCUACCUGACCAAGCAACACUCUCAUCCGCUCUUGUCUAGUCAGCAACAGCCUGCCGGCGGCAGCGUGUGGAUCCACAGGCAGCACUCGAACCCAGAGUUCCCCAGGAGGACGACCAGCCCUUCGAUCGUCGUCGAACCGGCACCGGUUGUGAAAACAGAGCAAGAGACGUCGGAGGAACCACCGGUCAUUCACAUUGAAACUGGAGGGUCCACGUCUGGGCUCAGAGUGAAGACCACUGAGCUUAGACGAAGCUCCUCUUCGCCUCAGACAACAAGCAGGGAGACUAGAGAAACCAUGGGAGGAGACCAGAGGCUGGGCCAUUGUCCUGUGUUGCGUCCAGGACCAGCGUUGGGCUGCAAUCAUUGCUGGAACCCGAUGGACGCCCGUGGCAGGUCGCUGCGACCUCUUCGACGGAAGACGAAGUACCAUUGCCCUGAAUGCCAGGCGAACCUGUGCAUCGUGCCCUGUUUCCAAGAGUACCACGAGCAACGACGCGAAACGAAGCUGAAACCGCUACCAAAAACCAGCUCCGUCUAAUGUCCCUCGCACACGAGCGUUCAGUUUUGUGAAACCUUGUAUACCUUGGCUCCUCUUCUCACCAAAGAUGGCCAGGGCGAAUAGAAUUUCAGAUGACGUCCGUUCAAUGACGAUACCCGUUGCGAGAUGUCUCUUGGAUUUGGGAGAAUUCGAGAUUCACUUCUGCGGAGAUUUUAGAACGCUUCAGGUCCCUCUUGUCUCGCUGGGUCGAGAGGUGUCUUCAGCAUGGAGGAUUGGUCGUUUGCCUUAUCAGAUGAUGUAUCGAAUAAGAUAACGAAAGUUCCUGAAGAUAUUAGUAGACGGAUCGAGAGUUAGGGUACACGUGGCCGUAACCCAAAUGUCGAGGACCUGAGUUUUUGAGUAUUACAAAUUGCAAGAUACGUUUUCAUUGUUACCUCCUAUUGUCUCCUUGUGGUUUUUCAGAGAGAAGCUCUCACGCCCCCCCGUGAAGUAACACCGAAGCAAUUGUCAGGCUUCAAAAGGGAAUGCGAUGUCCAAGCUGUAGAUUUAACCCAGACUCAAAUCUCUAUCUACUACUCGUCUAACUUAAAGAACUAGUUCUAGCUAGACUUAACCAAACGCUUAGGGAAGAAACGAACUUGAUCCAGACCUAAAUCACCACUUCAGAUUAACACUAGAACUACCAGGUGGGUCAAAGUGGCCCAUUUGAAAACUAUUAUAUUUCACUGUUACUACAACUAUAUUGAAUACGCUUUUGUGAGAGAUUACUUAAGUAAAUUUCUGCAUUUCUGCAGAUUUCUGCGGACACAGCAGUACCAGGCGCUUCAAAUCUCAAGUAAUGUAUUUGAAACACUUGUUUUAAGAUAUGGGAAAGUCUAAUUGUUUCGUAGUUCUAGUGUUAAGUGUCAUUAGAUCUAACUCGCUGCUUCAAGUGUACCGUAUUAGAUGUAUUUAAGAAACAGUUUACUUUUCCAUCGCCCCGUACCUUGAGCAAGUUACUCUCCAUCGCCGUCUUUUCAAAUUGGAAACGUCGUUUUUCUGUUCUCGUUACGGCCACGGCUAGGACACUUUCCAAGGAGCGUUUAGAGAAACAGAAUACCCUCGACGGCGCAAGAAAGAAAAUAGUUCUUUAAGAAUGUUCAAGAACACGGUCAGUUUCAUGGCGCAGAAUGGAAACAAGGACGCAGUAGAAUAUCCUUAGAGAAGCAUCGUGCUUUUCCCGGCUACGUGUGCACGUCUACCGUCACCUGGAAAAGAAAUCGAACCUCUUAUAUUUUUUUACUCGACUAGGCGAGUACCUUGAAGACGAACCCAUCACUCACCAGACAUGGGCAAACUGUUGCUCCAGAAAACGGUGUAUAUGACUUUCAACGAUUUUGUUCCAUUGAACACGUAUUUGAUUGGUAGGAAGUAAAUGGUGCAACACUAGAACUACCGAUCAUUUCAACUGUCUUUUACAAAUUUCUCUCUAAAAACCAUAAGCGUGUGUUUAUUGAGAUUUCAACUCAGUUGCAUUUCAGUUUUGCUAUUACUGAAUUAGUUUCCAUUAAUCAUUUUCCAUGGAAGUGUCUGUACCUUUGCAGUAAUCGUUAAAGAGGAAAUCAGAAAUAAGUCAUUCUGAUCCAUCUGGUAGUUCUAGUGUUAACAUUCACGUGUGAAACACAAGACUUUACGAAGUCCAAGCUUUAUUAGACUAUAAAACCAUAUGGAAUGAUUCUACUUUCCAGAGGAAGGAUUCGACGCAGGCUACAGUUACCUCAAUAACAGCAGCCAUUUAUUUCUUACCGAACAAUGCUUGAAUGUGUGUUUAGAAGGUUGCAGUAGAAUCAUCUUGAUUAGACACCGUUAACACUAGAACUACCAGAGGUCAAAAUGACUCAUUCCUGGCUUCUUCUUUUCACAAUUACUGAAAACUACAGAUAAUUCUCUGAGAAAUUGCUACAGAUAUUGAUUUAGCAAUAAACUGAAUUGUAAAUCAAUAGAAAUCUACAUAGUAGCACUGUUGGAGUUUCCAUAGAAAAAGAUCUAAGCCACCUUGACUGUUCAGUAGUUCUACUGUUAACCGAGCUAAUGAAUUUGCCCAUCUCUGCUCCUCCUGUAAAGAAACUCCACCAUGAACUUAACACGUUCGCUACCAAAGUCACAUAUUUGUAACAUCCACAAUCCUACAUUUCACAUAAAUGAAAUUAAUUAUAUAUAUAUAUUUCAAAUUAUAUUUAUGAACUCAAUGAGGCUGGUUUUGGUUUCAUUCUUCCAUUUUAUUCAGAGGAUUCGUUGGAUCAAACAGGAUGUCACAAUGAAAGAUAUCACUGAGAUAAACACUGGUAGCGAACAUGUUGAGAGUGUUACAAACACGAGGAUUUUUGUGGAUGUAUUUGUAUAUGUAUUAAUUGUGUACCGAUUAACGAUAGACGGUUAAUCAUUUUACUUACCCCCUUAGAGGUAUAUUCUUGCAUAGACACACCGUUUACUUAGCGAACAUUUCUAUGACGUAACUUAUUUAUUUCGUACGCGUGUAAAUAACCACGAUAUAGCUGUGUAUAUAUUUUUUACGGGCGAGCGGCCGAGGACACGACCUCGGCGCAAUUUAUACAGGGUGUGACACGGAAUCGAGAACGGGGGUCGAACAUUUCGCAGAAUGUUCGUUCAUAUAUUUUGCUCUUGUCUCGCGGUUUGUACGGCGAACGAGUGCGGAUCCUCGUUGAUCUAUUGUCGUUCGUUUACGGAAGAACUUGCGUUCCGUGCAUUUAUCGAAGGGUGCUGAACGGGGUCACUCGAGAGUCCGUGACCGCCGUUCUUCGAGGGCGCGACAUUUGUAACGUGAUUUUCUAAGAACGGAGAACUUGUCUUUUAUGGGAACGAGAUGUUUCGGCAGUUUCAACUUUUUCUCGAGUAAUGGUGAAUCGGAGUUGUCCCAUUUCGCUUGAUCACGUGAAACGACAUUUUAUAUUUUGAAUUCUGCAGAUUUUAACACUGGAACUAUCAGAGGUCAAAAUUCGUUCCUGAUUCCUUCGUUUUACGAUUGUUAGAGAAAAAUUAUUGGAGAAAGCACUGUAGACAUUGGUUUAGCGAUAGACAAACUGAAUUGUACAAUAGAAACUUCAAUUGUACCACUGACGGUUUCUAUAGAAAAAUUUUGAAAAGUCUGACUGUUCGGUAGUUCUAGUGUUAGAAGACACGGCCUUGUUCGCUGAAAUAUAGAAGCAUUGAUGAUUAACACUGGAACUACUGUACCAGUCGAAAUGACUGGUUUCUAUUUGUUUUAUAAUUAUUGAGAUUUUGGAGGCAUUGGAUAUACGAAAUGAUCUUGAAAAUAGUUUCACUUGAAUAAUAUAAUGAACGUUUGAAGAAACUGAAUAAUCUAUUGUUACAAUUUUUAUAGGGUUCACAUAUGAAUCGUAUUAAUUUCAACAUUCAAUAUUUUCCGACGAGAUUAAUUUAAAGGAUUAAAUUAAAGGUUAAUUUAAAAUGAAUUGUAAACUUUGGUAUUUAACAAUCUUCGUAUACUGCAUCAACGCAUGAAAUAUUAGAAGAAAAUUGUUUUGUUCCCUAAUUUAUGUAUGAGUCCUUGAUAAAUUAAUUUUCAAAAAUCUUCUGUACAUCUGAUUAGGAAGUAUUGAACAUUUCAAGUGAAAAACAUCCGAGUGCAAAGGGUUAAACGGUAGAUCUAGUGUUAAAUCUUCGCGUUUUCCGAAGAAUAUCGUCGAAGACAGUCUGAGAACUCAAUGAUUUUUGGUGAAGCAAUACUUCAGGUGAUCAGGAUUAAUGGCGCAACUCGAACUUUGACAUUUCACGCGCGAAUAUCGCGCUCGUUGAUCGAAUUCAAGGGAAUCCGCGAAGAUAUUAAGCACAGACAGAUCGAAACGAAAACUGUCCUUGGCAGGAAGCAUCGUGUCUCUGUCUUUCUUUGUUUCGAGGUGGAUUUUUUAGGAAUUCAAAUGCAUCGUUGCGAGAGGGCUUAUCCCGCGGGAAAGCAUUUUUCUCCCUCGUACCCCUAUCCCUCCGAUGUUCCGUAGGUUCCCGCAGUCACCGAGACGCGAACAAGCGUCACAGAUGUAGCAUACGUGCAAUAUAUUUUUCUCGGCGUUACGAAUAUAAUAUGCGCAGUUGUAUCGAUUAAUUAUAUUUUAUGUAAAACUAGCCGUAAGAUUCGUAAGUGAAAAAUAAAGAGGAUG